GCAUGGAUCCAUUACGAAGCCGUAAGAAUUUGUCAUAAUCAGUGCAAUUCUGAAGCAUACGAUAGAAGGGAGAGAGAUGUUGAUGAGACUGGCGAUUCAGUUUGGCAUUUGCAGUAGCCAGUCCUAUACGGAAAAAUUAAUGCUGCUGAUUCGGAUUGCAGAAGGAGGCAUAGUUUGAUUGUGGCAUGACCAAGUCCACGCAGAGCGUCUAUGGCCGAGCAACCUAACUGUGUUCCCGGGGGGUCAGAGUUGCUUCUCAGUACAGCUGGGGCUGCCACUAGGCGUAACACCAAUAAGAGUACAGUCAAGUCAGCUUCAAGAAAGCGUGGGGGAUCUGCCGCUCAUCAUCCAGCUAGCUCAAAACGUUCAAAGUGUUUUGACGAGCAAGGAGAAUUUGUACCAUUUGAAUUAUUUACUGCGAGAAAAAGUAAGGAAUUUGCUACGGCGCCUGCAAGAUCUAGAGGCAGUGGCAGGCCCGAUAGUCCGGGUGUCACAGGGCGUAGUAAUAAGGGGUCUGCAUCGGGCCACAGACCCAUUGUUGCCAGAACUGAAAUUAUUGAAACACAGGAGACGCCGCCAAAACAAGAACGUGUUGGUACAAGUGGAGGAGGAAAGAGCCACGAGAAGCCUUCUAGAUUUAGGGGGCGAACCAGGGUAACAGAUUUAUCUGUGGAAAGUGGUGCUUCAACAGUGUAUUCUUGCUCCUCUGUUGGAGUCACUGUCAACCAAUCACCUUGUUCUGGAAGUUUAAGUUCAGUUGGCUGUAGAACUAAGAGUCACUUGGAAACUGUCCAGCCGGACACCCAGAAACGACGUGUGUCAGGAACCAGAACCUCUUCUCGUUUGGCAUCUGUAACUGCUGAAGCUCGCAGUUCUCGGUCAAGUUCCCUUGCAUCUUAUCCAGGGGAGGAGACACCUUCAGGAACCCCACCAGUACAAAAUCUUUCACAGAAGUCAGGCAGAAAGCCAGCAUCUGUUACUUCUUAUAUAAGUUAUAAGACUGCAUCACAUUCGAAACGUCCUACUUCUCAUUCAGAGGCCUCACCCAAGACUAAUUCUGUAUCAGUAAAGAAUCGUAGAGCUUUGAAAGAAAGCAAAGGUGAGAAAAUUGUUGAGAAAAAGACAAAAGAAUCCUCUAGAGUUGAAACUGUUGUUGCCUCUAGUAAAGAGAAAUACAACGGCAACAAUAAUUUGGCAUCAGUUACAAUAAGCAGUCAAGAGACAGUGAAGCUGAAGAAAGGAACAGCAACACUUGACAAUAAGAGGCAAGCAGCUCGAAAAUCUCAGGCUAAGGAAGGAAGCACUUCUCAGUCAGCUCCUGUAAAGAACAUUUAUAAAACAAAAAAAGUCUUGGAUGCACAGCAGUCUUCAGGAUCUGCAUGUUCUCAGAAAGUUACAGAACCUGUUGCUGAACUGAAGUACCCCCUCAGAAAUCGCAUUAGACUUAGUGAACAAAAUUUGCUGUUGCCGGGAUCAAGUGACAGUAGCAGCGGCAACAGCAGCAACACAAGUAUUUGUUACACGCCUCCCUCAUCUGCUUUGUUGCCUCGCCGCAUCACUGUGGUUCCCAAGAAGAAAGCCAAAGUUGGUGAAAGCUCCAAAAAUUUGGUUGCAUUUGCAAACUCUACAUCUAGUAAGAAGACAGAAAGCCCCAACACAGGUGAGGGGCCCGUGUUACGCCGGACCUCUCGCAGCAAGACCACCACGGGUUCGUGUGCCAGUAGCAGCCGCCGCUCGUCCCGGGCUGGAAAAGCCUCCUUGCCUGGGGCCACUGCUGCUGCCGCUGCGGCGACAGCGACAGCGACGGCUGCAACAUCAUCAACUGCUUCAGGAGCUGCCAUGUCCUCUGGUACCCAGGAAACAACGGGAUCAGAAUCUCAUCCAACAAACAGUGUUCCAGGGGGCAAUCAAGUUCCUGUUGAAGAGCCUGCAAGUGCUGCCUCUGCAGUUCCAUCAGCAUCGGGUAUUCCUUCAGGAAUGCCGUCAAGUGCUCCAGACAGUGAGAGUGAUGAUAGUGAAGUAGGACGUUUGCAGGCACUUUUGGAAGCGAGAGGACUGCCACCUCAUUUAUUUGGUGCAUUAGGACCUCGAAUGCAAACCCUUCUGCAUCGUAGUAUGGGUGCCAGCUCGUCUUCCAAAGCACAACAGCUACUUCAAGGUGUUCAAGCGACAGGUGAUGAAGGGCAACAGCUUCAGGCUGUUAUGGAGAUGUGUCAGAUGUUGGUUAUGGGAAAUGAGGACACGCUGGCUGGAUUUCCGGUGAAACAAGUUGUACCUGCACUUAUUACACUUCUUGGGAUGGAACAUAACUUCGAACUGAUGAAUCAUGCCUGUCGCGCCUUGACAUACAUGAUGGAGGCCCUUCCGAGAUCCUCUGCUGUUGUUGUGGAUGCUGUACCUGUCUUUCUGGAAAAGCUGCAAGUGAUUCAGUGUAUGGAUGUUGCAGAACAGUCCCUCACAGCUCUGGAGAUGUUAUCUCGCAGGCAUAGCAAAGCAAUCCUCCAAGCACGUGGUGUGUCAGCCUGCUUGAUGUACCUUGACUUCUUCAGCAUCAAUGCACAGCGUGCAGCCUUAGCUAUCACGGCAAACUGUUGCCAAAAUUUACACGCUGAUGAAUUCCAUUUCGUAGCAGAUUCAAUGGCCUUGUUAGCAAAUCGUCUAACACAGCAAGACAAGAAAAGUGUUGAGAGUGUGUGCUUAGCUUUCAGUCGGCUUGUGGACAGUUUUCAAGCAGAUCCUUGUAAACUACAGGAGAUAGCCAGUCCAGAACUGCUUACAAAUUUGCAGCAACUGCUUGUUCUGUCGCCACCUGUAAUUAGCACAGGGACAUUCAUUACUGUUCUUCGCAUGAUGUCAGUGAUGUGCUCAAAUUGUCCAGAUCUUGCACUAACUCUGCUCAAGCAGAACAUUGCAGAAACAUUAUGUUACCUGCUAACUGGAUCAGGGGACUGCAGUAAUGAGGAGAUUGAACUGGUGUCUCGCAGCCCACAGGAGCUGUAUGAAAUAACUUGCCUUAUCGGAGAGCUUAUGCCACGUCUACCUACUGAUGGAAUAUUCACAGUUGAUGCUCUUUUGGAAAGGCCAAAUAACCAUGUUCAUGAUACCGUUCAAUGGCAGUGGAGGGAUGACCGUGGCUUGUGGCACCCAUACAGUACCAUAGACUCUCGCAUAAUUGAGGCUGCUCAUCAGUCUGGGGAGGAUGAAAUCAGCUUAUCGACACUAGGUCGAACCUAUACAGUGGACUUUCAUUCAAUGCAGCAGAUAAAUGAAGACACUGGGACAACGCGGCCAGUCCAGCGUCGUCUGAAUCCUGUGUCUCUAGCUGCUACUGUGGAUAUGAGCUCUGGGACUGUUACGGCUGGAAGCAGUUCGAUGUCUGUCAGUAGCUCAAACCCAGCAGACAAUAUGCAUUCCACAGGUUCUCAUGCAAACAUUGUUAGCCCAACAACAAGUAUUCAGCUACCUCCUUGUUUUGGUGGUGGAUCAUCAGUUAGUUCUAAUUCAGAAAGCAACUUGAGUGAAAAUAGUGGAAUCAGCAAUGCUCAAAUGAAUGGCAGUAACAGUUCCCGUGAUGCACGUGUUGCGUGUCUGCGUGAAGAACAUGGACUUGCUGCUUCAUUCAUCCGUUCUUUAUUCAGUGUUUUGUAUGAAGUAUACAGUUCAUCAGCUGGACCAGCUGUUCGUUGUAAAUGUUUGCGUGCCUUGCUACGAAUGGUGUAUUAUGCUUCUCCAGAUCUUCUUAAGGAGGUACUAAAAAACCAGGUAGUAUCUAGCCAUAUUGCUGGAAUGAUGGCUUCUCAGGAUCUCAGAAUUGUAGUUGGAGCAUUACAAAUGGCAGAAAUUUUGAUGCAAAAGCUUCCUGAUGUGUUUGGUGUUCACUUCAGGAGAGAAGGUGUGAUGUAUCAAAUCAAGCAGUUGGCAGAUCCUGAUGUGCCAUUAGGAGUUAACCUUCCAAAAGGACAGAACAGUGUUGGAGGUGCUUCAGUGCCCCUGAAGCAGGAAUCAAUUUGUUCUCUUGCACCACAGCCUGGCCCUUCAUCUGCUCACAUCUGUAGCAGUAGUAGCCAGCCAACUGUUAGCACCAGCCCUACUGGCAGCAGUCCAAAUGGCAGCAUUUUGCAGCUCGGUGGGAGUUUGAACAGCCAGCUGGGCAGUGGAGCAAGUCUGGUUUUUAGCAGCAGUAGCAGUCAGAAUCUGAAUCCAAGUCCUGAAGCCAGGCGCAUAUUCCAGCAGCAUGAGUCAUCUAAUUUGGCCGAUGAUGUGAGGUCACCAAGUCCAUCACAGCUACGUCUAAGUGAUGUUCUAAAAAGGAAGCGAACGCCUAAAAGAAAUAUGACAUCAAAUAGGAAAUCUCGUCAAGAUGAUAGUUUAUCCUCUUCAGUGAUGCAGGAUUUUUUCUCAAAAGCGACUUCACUGGGCAGCUCUGGAAGGUCCACACCAACAGGUACAGCCCGUUCCCGCUUUGCAGGAGCAACUUCUAAAACAACAAGCUUUUUAGCAAGUCUUAAUCCUGCUCGAUGGGGUCGCAAUGCAAAUUCUAGUAGCUCCGGAACCUCAGAGAGGCACUUUCAUAAGGAAUCUUCCAUCACAAAGUCGCCAAGUAAUCCUAAUCUUUCUGCUGGUAAUAAGGAAAAAGCUCGUACAUGGAUAAGAGAACAGGCUCAGCAUUUCAUUCAAAUUUAUUCAGGCCAUGAAGUCAGUGGGCCAGCACAUCCAGCAAUGAAUGUUCUUGCUAGACUUACUCAAGCCAUCACAAAACUUCAGUCACAGCCUACUGAAAGCUUGGGUGCGCUUCAAGAGCUGCGAAGUAUUGUCAUAGAAUCUGAUAUCUCUCCAUUUGAAGUAAACCACAGUGGUCUUAUCAGAGCUCUCCUGCAGUACUUGACUAAGGAGGACAGCCCAGUGGAUUCAAGGGAGCAACGACUGCGAACAUUUCUGCAUGUUUUUGCAGGGUGCCCACUGGACUCGGAAUACACAUGUACUCCACCUGAUUGGAAUCCGUCGUCAUUGUCAGCACUUGUGGCCAAACUUAGUGGUUGUGUGUCCCAGUUAGAACAGUUUCCAGUAAAAGUGCAUGACUUGCCGGCUGGGUCUGGUACUAGCAGAGGAGGUGGUACUAGUGCUCUAAAAUUUUUCAACACUCAUCAACUGAAGUGCAAUUUACAACGACAUCCAGACUGCAGCAAUCUGAAACAAUGGAAAGGAGGAACAGUCAAGAUAGAUCCACUUGCUCUAGUUCAAGCUAUAGAAAGAUACUUGGUUGUUAGAGGCUAUGGUAGACUGAAAGAUAAAGAUUCUGGAGAGUCAGAUGAUGACAACAGUGAAGAGGAUAUUGACGAUACAUUGGCUGCUGUUGUCAUUAGCCAAGGUAGUGCGAGGCAUCGUUUGCAAUUCAUGAUUGGAGAUCAGGUUUUACCAUAUAACAUGACUGUGUAUCAAGCUGUUAGGCAAUUUAGUUCAGUUGGAAAUGAUCAGUCAGAGACUGACACAGACAAUGAAGCUCCACUUGGCAACUCGGGUGUGUGGGUUCAGACACACACUAUUUAUUACAAGCCUGUUCCAGAAGAGGAUGCAGCAGUAACUGUGAAACCCAGUUUGACCAGUUCUGGUCGUAAAGGCAAGGGUACCAGCACAAAAGCCAAUUCUCGCAGUCGCAAGGGAGACAGCCUUUGGAAUGAUGGCAUUGUUCCAUCAUUGAACUCUCCACUGGUGCCAUUUUUAACAUCACGUCUUCCUGAUUCUGUCACAGUGCAGGAUGCCUCACUUGAAGUCUUGUGUCUGCUUAGGGUACUACAUGCUUUGAACAGAUACUGGGGCACCUUGUACACAGCUGUUGAAUAUCAACCAAUUGUUACUCAGCAGGAGUUCAUAAACAGUAAAAUUGCUGCUAAAGCCAGCAGGCAGCUUCAAGAUCCAUUGGUAAUAAUGACAGGCAAUCUACCAUCAUGGUUACAGCAGAUAGCAUCUGCAUGCCCCUUUCUAUUUCCAUUUGAGACACGUCAGCUACUUUUCUAUGCAACCUCCUUCGACCGUGACCGAGCACUGCAGCGGUUGCUGGAUUCGACACCAGAACUUAGCAAUUCAGAUUCCCAGGAACGUGUAACUCCACGACUCGACAGACGUAAACGUGUCAUAUCGCGUGACGACAUAUUGAAGCAAGCUGAACACCUUAUGCAGGAGCUGGCUAGUUCCAGAGCUUUACUUGAAGUCCAGUAUCAUGAUGAGGUGGGAACAGGACUUGGUCCUACAUUGGAGUUCUAUGCUCUCGUAUCUCGUGAACUGCAGCGUGCAGAUUUGGAGUUAUGGAAUGGAGAACGUACAGAACCAACUGACAGUGAAGGUGGCACCAGUUACAUUCAUUCACCGGUUGGCCUUUUCCCAACACCUCUUCCUCGCACAGCAAAGUCCAGUACUGUUGCCAAAGUCAAGAGCAAAUUUAGGUUUCUUGGAAAAUUAAUGGCAAAAGCUGUAAUGGAUUCCAGAAUGCUGGAUCUGCCGUUCAGUGUUGUAUUUUAUCGUUGGCUUCUGGGGCACGAAGGAACACUCUCACUACCUGACCUGGCUCACGUGUGCCCGGCAGUUCAUGCUACACUGGGUAGACUCCAACAGGUCUCUCGUCUGAGAGAUCGCCUCGCCCAGGACCCACAACGUCGCCACCUUAUUGAACAUCUAGAUCUCGAUGGCUGUCCUAUAGCUGACCUUGGACUUGAUUUCACAUUACCUGGUCAUGCCAAUGUGGAAAUGUGUCGUGGUGGCAAAGACAUGGCACUCACAGUACAUACAAUUGACCAUUACAUUAAGCUUGUCUGCCACUGGUUCCUGGUUGAAGGUGUUUCAAGACAAAUGGAAGCCCUUCGUGAAGGGUUUGAGUCUGUUUUUCCACUUUCUCAUUUGCACAUGUUUUACCCGGAGGAAUUGGAAGCUGUUUUCUGUGGUGGUGUUGCAUCCUCAUCUGGUUGGGACGUCAAAAUGCUUAUGGAAUGCUGUCGACCAGAUCAUGGAUAUACACCAGACUCUCGUGCUAUUCGUUUCUUAUUUGAAAUUCUUAGUCUUUACGAUAGUGAAGAACGGCGACUUUUUAUCCAGUUUGUUACUGGGUCUCCAAGGCUGCCUGUUGGAGGAUUCAAAAGUCUAUCCCCACCGCUCACAGUUGUGCGUAAAACACUGGAACCAAAUAUGAACCCCGAUGACUUUUUACCAUCUGUGAUGACUUGUGUAAACUACCUCAAACUACCAGAUUAUUCUUCAAUUGAAGUGAUGAAGGCCAAGUUAAAACUAGCUGCUAUGGAAGGACAGCAUUCUUUCCAUUUAUCGUAGUAUCAGCACUUGGACUGUUGAGAUUAAUAAAGAAUAUUUGAACAGUAUUGCUAGUUUGAAUAAUGAUGCUCAGAGGGAACGAAAGUAGUGCUAUUACACAGACUGAAAAUUCUGAGUAUUGUUUUCAAAAACACAGAAGUGUUUGUUUUUUUAUUAAGCUGUGAUUACUCUGUUAGCUUUGGUUGUUCCACCAGUAUAACAGAAAUGUGUGUUUUUUAUUUGCAGAAUAGCUCAGUCAUAAAUGACAUAUUUUUGGUGAAAUGACUUUUCCUCACAUUUUACCAAAUGUAAAUACUUGCUUUUACCACUGUCACCCAAGUUAAAACAAAUAUUAGUGAGCCCUGUUGCUCAAGAUUCCAAACUGGGCAUUAUUAUUCUGCUUGUGAUACAUUUACAUAGUCAGCUGUCAUACUGAGAAAGUUUGAAUAUGAAAUUUUACACUUGUGUGUUGUGUAAAAUGAACUGUUAAAAUGUUACACUGUGAUUUCGUACUGAAAGAACUACAUUGAUGAGAAGAAAAUGGUGAUAUGAUCUGCCUUCUAGGAGAGGCCUGCUGUUGCAUUUUUCAUUGUGCAUUUGUGUGUUUGUGAGUGAAUACUGAAUGACUAAGUAAGAAAUUGAUAGUAAGAAUUGUUUAUGGACUUUUUAUAUAUCCUAUCUGAAGAAGCUAGUGUACAGACAGUGUGUUUUCAUAAAAUAUUAUUUGAGGAAGUAAGAGUGAGUGGAUGAACAAACAAGUGAAAGAAGUGAGAUACACAAAUAUAGCUAUCCUUUGUGCCCUGUUUGAUAUAUUUAAAAUUGUUUAGUGUUUCGGUUUCCUUUCUUAUCACAAAUUGUGUUUAUUGUUUAACUUCUUUUGUUGUGCAGGAAGACUGUCUUAACCUCGUGUGAUAUUUCACCAAGCAAGCUUUGCACAUACAAAUUUUUUUUAAACAGAAGUUACUUUGGGUAAAUACUCAGUGUAAGCAUUAUUUAAAAUUUUCCACAUUAAGUUGACAAGCUGUUAGAACUAAAUGAAAACUGUUUUCCAACACAGAGGAAAAGUCAUUAUUGUAAAAUUGUGUCUACUUUACUAAAUUCAUCUUUUGAUUAAGUGUGUGCCUGUUUGUGAGAACAAAUUUGAACGUCACAGAUAACAUUAAAUUACUGUGAAUAAUAUUUUAAAUUUGGAAUUCUUUGCUGUCUUGGAGAGUAAUCAUUGACUCUUUCAUUCAAACUUUAUGAUUGAAAGGGUGUGGAAAUAAUGGCUAUUGCAUUAGUAUUUCAGGUAAAAUUGAAUAUCAGGCCAGAGAAGUGUUUUAGGACAAGAAUUUUAAUUGUUACAUUUCUGGAGCUACAACUGGAGCAUCAGAGUUAUACCUUCUCUCAUUUGUUUUCUAAAUGCCUGUAUGUACAUUGUCUGAACUGUUGAAGAGUCCAUCAUUUGUGGAUUUGUCUGCAUCUUCCUUAUUUUUAUCCCCAAGAAUUUAUUUUGUUUUGUGAAUAAAAGAAAUAGAAAUUU